GUCCCUGAGCAGUCGCUCGAUGCUGAACCUCGAUCACCGUACCUACAUUGGCUCUUUGGCGAGAGUAGCGAGGUUUAUAUCUAUUCACGAUUGGUGGACGAUGAUUCCGACAACGUAGAUGAUGGUACUGGCUACACCAAGGCAGAUGCCGUGAUCAUGAAGGAGGUGGCCGCUUGGCUCGAGCUGCGUGAACACGAUGAGUUCUGGGUGUCAAAGAGCAGACAUGCUGGGCAGAUCUUCCUCCCUACAACCAGCCAACUCCUCGCACGACUAAAAGACUCAGAAUCUUCUCUGCCUUACACAGGCAACGGCGCCGAAGCGUUCGAUGCUCUUGUUCAAGCUAUCGCAUUGCAGCUAUUAGCAUCCUGCUACACCUUCCUUCCUGCCUCUAGUGCCAACCACCUGCCGCUGUUCCAGCAAAGGACUGGCAAAAGGCUCGUGACCGCACUGCGAGCGCACGCCUCAUUUCGUCUCUCUCCAGCUGCUGGGCAUCAUGCUCGCGCUUCGUCCGAGACCCAUGCGUGGCCUGGUCUCUACACAGGACCAGAGCCGGAGGAUACACUGGCAGAGACUGUCAGUCAGCGGCGACGCUUUGCAAAACGUAACAGCGGGUACGUCCCUAGCUUUGCAGCAAGCGGGUGGACAGAUGGUGCGAACGACCCGUAUCGUCGGAGACGCGGCUCAUCGUCCAGCUCAUCUUUCGAGACUGGCAUCUUCAGAAGGCUGACUUGCCAGCCAUCGACACCGAGAAAUCCACACAGCAAGCACAACGCCUUGUUCUCGAGGUUCCUUUUCUGCAAGAAGAAGGGGGAUCUCGAUCCUUCAGACAAACACCCGCGCAAGAAACCAUUCCAACCAGUUACUACACAGGCAGUACAACGCAUCCCGUCUGUGAUACGCCUACGGCAUACAGAGUCAAAUCCUCGCAUGGGAGCAGAUCCAAAUCCUAAGCACCCAACUUCUGAGUCAAGUCCCAAGCUUGUUCGCCAUACGAGCUCUGACCCGUCCAUCAGCAGCAAGUUCAGGUACAAGCUCGAUAUUCCAGAGAUCCGUCGUACAUCGGCCACACCGAACGCCAGUCACGAGGUCCAAACUCCAUUUUCAAUGAGAGGCGUUGGGAGAGGCGGCAUGAUCUCCGCACACAAAUACCCAGAAGAAACACAAAUGGAGAGACGACCCUCGAUAAGCCAGAUCACCAGACUCCCUCCCAUACCUUCAUAGACUGGAGGCCGAUCACUCUUCAGCGCACCGAAGCCGCAAGGAGAAGAUAACAACGAACAGGAUGGCGAUGACGUGUACUUCGACGUGGCAAGCCCAGUGUUGCUGCAAGACGACAAGUGCCGUGAAGAUGACGCCAAUGAUGAUCAACCGAAAUCCUCUAGCCUACACUACAAUG